ACAAAUACAUAUUAACAGAAAGUUAUGUGUGUGACAUUUUGCGACAGUUUUUUAUUUUUUUUUAAUGAGAACUUGAACGUGGCCAAAAGCACCAUGCCUUGUGGACGUUGAAUUGUCAUCAGAUGGUUUAGUCCGAGGAUGGCCGCUGCUGUCGUUGUUAAUAAACAGUCGACCACAGCAUCGAUGGAGCCGUGUGUCAGACAUGGUCGCGGCACCACCGGCAAUUCGGUGAAGGUGCUGGAGUGUGGCGUGUGUGAAGAUGUGUUUUCACUACAAGGCGAUAAGGUACCACGUCUGUUGCUGUGCGGACAUACAGUGUGCCAUGACUGCUUGACUCGUCUGCCUCUUCAUGGCAGGGCGGUGCGCUGCCCCUUCGACAGACAGGUCACUGAGCUGGGGGAUUCGGGUGUUUGGGGCCUGAAAAAGAACUUUGCCCUGCUGGAAUUGCUUGAACGGCUACAGAAUGGGGCCAGCAAUCAGUCAGUCAUGUCAGAGGAUGUGCUUCGUGAGAUGGGAGAGUGCAUAAUCCGCUGUGAUGAAGAUGAGACCCACACUGCCUCUGUGUACUGCACAGUGUGUGCCACACACCUGUGUGCCGAAUGCUCCCAGCUCACCCACUCAACCCGUACGCUGGCCAAGCAUCGGCGCGUGCCCCUGGCUGACAAGCCCCAUGAGAAGAUGCUGUGCCCACAGCACCAGGUGCAUGCCAUUGAGUUUGUCUGCCUGGAGGACGGCUGCCAGCCCGGGCCGCUAAUGUGUUGUGUGUGCAAGGAAUAUGGAAAGCAUCAAGGGCACAAGCAUGCUGUACUCGAGGGUGAAGCCAACCAGAUCCGAGCCUCCAUCUUGGACAUGGCACACUGCAUCCGUACAUUCACAGAGGAGGUGUCAGAGUACUCCAGGAAGCUGGUGGGCAUUGUGCAGCAGAUUGAAGGAGGGGAGCAAAUCGUGGAGGACAGCAUGGGCAUGGCCCACACCGAACAUGUUCCAGGCACAGCAGAGAGUGCACGGUCUUGUGUGCGUGCCUACUUUGCUGAUCUGCACGAGACCCUGUGUCGUCAGGAGGAGAUGGCGUUGAGCGUGGUGGACGCACACGUCCGAGAGAGGCUGAUCUGGUUUCGACAGCAGCAGGAGGACAUGACCAUCCUGCUGUCACAGGUGUCCACUGCCUGUCUGCACUGUGAGAAGACACUGCAACAGGAUGAUUGCAGGGUGGUUUUGGCGAAACAGGAGAUAAACCGACUACUAGAGACGCUGCAGAAACAACAGCAGCAGUUUACAGAGUUAGCUGAUCACAUUCAGCUGGAUGCUGGCAUCCCUGUUACUUUCACUAAGGACAAUCGUGUGCACAUUGGUCCAAAGAUGGAGAUCCGGGUUGUGACUUUGGGUUUAGAUGGAGCUGGUAAAACUACUAUUCUCUUCAAACUGAAGCAAGAUGAGUUCAUGCAGCCCAUACCGACCAUAGGUUUUAAUGUAGAAACUGUUGAAUACAAAAAUCUGAAGUUCACCAUAUGGGAUGUGGGUGGCAAGCAUAAACUCCGGCCCCUUUGGAAACACUAUUAUCUCAACACACAAGCGGUGGUGUUUGUGAUUGACAGCUGUUACAGAGACAGACUGAUGGAGUCUCACAGUGAGCUAGCCAAGCUGCUGACCGAGAAAGAGCUCAGAGAUGCUCUACUGCUCAUCUUUGCCAACAAACAGGAUGUCCCCGGCGCCGUGUCUGUGGAGGAGAUGACGGAGGUCCUGAGCUUACACAAACUGUGCUGUGGUCGCAGCUGGCACAUCCAAGGCUGUGAUGCCCGUAGCGGCAUGGGUUUGCACGAGGGCCUGGACUGGCUUUCACGCCAGCUGGUGGCUGCAGGGGUUUUGGAUGUGGCCUAAGGAACACUUAC